UUCUUUACCACAAAAACGGCAAUGUAAGAACCAGUCGCAGUUGUAAUAUUUGUAAUAUUCCGGCUUCGAACUCUGACUAAUUCCUGUGAUACAAACAAAAUUCCAUGAAAUCCGGAUGAAUAUGGAUGAUCUGGACGAACAGCUGAAACAAUUGAGUUUAAUAAAUGGUCGCCUAUCGGUUGCCGUAGCGAAUAAUGAAGCCACUCCCGAGAAUCGUCAUAUCGGUGUCGCGAAGCUGGUCAGCAAUAUUGAAGAGAGAAAUAAUUUGUCUUCCACACAAAUUUAUAACACUGCAAAUAAAAAGGUGGGCCCUCCGCUAGUUCCUCCGAAGCCGCACAAGAAACCAACCACUUUUUUGGAGAAUCAAGAUGAAAACCAUUAUGAAACCACAACAGUUGGUGCAGGAUUUGCAAAGCAGCCUUUAUUAUUGCGCAAGCAAUCCUCUACUUCCUCCAUCAUUUCGGCACCAGGUGUUCCUCCGCUACUUUCGUCGCCUAAGGUUACCUUAGACAAUCCAGCUAUAUUGGAACAGCAACUGGAAGCUCUAGAACAUCAUAAGAAGCAAUUGGAGAAAAUGGGUAAAAUUACCAAUCGCAAUGAUUCUGCUACGGUUCCGAAAUCAAAAUUAUCAACAAUUCCAAAACUGUCAUCCACAUCACUAUUGUCCGAUGUGACUAUCAAACCGCAAUUAUCAUUGGACGGCUCUAGUGCUACAUACGCCAACAUGAGGCGGACUAACUCCCCAUCGCUCUUAUCUCCUGGUGGUGGUGGUGGUUCGAAUAGCAUUAAAAACAACCUAUAUAGUAAUGUAGGUAAUAUUUAUUCCAAUCUACAGCCAUCCUCUACAUCACAAUCGCUUACUGACCCAGGCGACGGUGGCAUUUACUAUGCCCAAAACUUAUCCAUGCUGCCAGAGGAUGAAAUCCCACCACCUCCCAGUCCAGUUAGUUCAUCCUAUAGUGAACUGCGACGUGCCACUGAAGUAUUCAAAACCAACAAUGCUGCGCAUAAGCCAAUCGCUGCUUCAAAUGAUCAGAUGUGUAUAGCCAAGCCAGUGAGUGGUUACGGUUUACCGCUAGAUCACAAGGCACAUGUUGCAGGAAACGAGUCUCGUUACAUUAAUAAGCAAUAUAUAUCUAAUAUGGGAUAUAACAACUACAAUAACAUGCAACAAGUAAACUCCGCUGCCAAUUCUGAUUUUUACGGAUAUGGAGGAUUUUCUCAAACAUCAUCGACUUACGAAUCAAUAUAUGAACCAAUAAAUCCUAGACCACCAAGUCAGAUGUCCAAUAAUUCAAAUAACGCUAUGUAUCCUUCCUGCUUGAAGGGAGUGGGGAGUAUUGGAUCAAUGCCACCCUGUGCUGGCAUACUUAGCAAAAGUAACAGCAGCAAUUUAAGCCUUGAAAGCGCUAUUGAUCCUAAUAUGCAAAUUUAUCCAAAACCAACUCGGGACAGUGCUAGCGGUAUUUUGGGUCCUAGCUCGUCCAGACACAAAGAGGACGAAGUUGAAGCUCUCACGGAUUAUUUGGUACAGUCCAUGGGAUCACCACAGGAUUUGGAAAGCUACGGAAUAUGCUACAAAUGCAAAGAACGAGUUGUGGGUGAGAAUUCCGGUUGCACUGCCAUGGAUCAAAUAUAUCACAUUGCAUGCUUCACGUGCUCUCAAUGUGCUCUUAAUUUACAAGGCAAACCCUUCUAUACAUUGGAUGGUAAGCCAUACUGUGAGUAUGAUUAUUUGCAAACAUUGGAAAAAUGUUCGGUAUGCAUGAAUCCUAUCUUGGAGCGUAUAUUGCGAGCCACUGGCAAACCCUAUCAUCCACAGUGCUUUACUUGUGUCGUGUGUAAGAAAAGUCUGGACGGUGUACCAUUUACAGUGGAUGCUACCAAUCAAAACUAUUGCAUUGAAGACUUUCAUAGGAAGUUUGCACCUUGUUGCUGUGUAUGUAAGGAACCAAUAAUGCCGGAACCAGGCGAAACGGAAACUGUUCGUGUUGUGGCGCUCGAUCGGAGCUUCCAUUUUGAAUGCUAUAAAUGUGAGGAUUGUGGUUUGUUGCUUUCGUCCGAGGCAGAAGGACGUGGUUGUUAUCCUCUUGAUGACCAUGUUUUAUGCAAGAGUUGUAACGCCAAGCGUGUGCAAAUACUCACCAAUCAAAUGCUUGGGAAUACCACAGAACUUUAAACGAAAUCAAUUCAAUCAAAAUUACAUUUAAUUCAAUCAAAGUUACAUUCCAUGUUACGCAUAAAGAAAUAAUCCUUAAAUACAAUAGUAGCUUAAUGUAGGGCUGGGAGAAAUUCUUUCGCAUUUAUACAAAUAUAUAAGUCAAUGGAAAUACAUUCCGACAAUAUGCUUCUACUAGUAUAUGUGGCGUUUUGUGUACUUUUGAACUAAUGGUAUAGCUACCAUAUUUAAUACCCUAAUAUUUAAAUGAAUGUGUCAUUGUACUAGUAAUUAUCAAAACAUUUGUACUUUUAUAACUCUAAUGUUUCGAUUUGAUACCAAAUAUAUGUGUGUAAAACUUAAAAAGUUCAAAACAAUUAAAAUGUUUUU